CCUCCCGCCGGCCUCCGCUUUCCAAAAUCCAAUAUGGCGGGAUCCAGGCAUAGGGGUCUUCAGACCAGAGCUUGGCUGCUUUUCUGCGCCCUACUGCUGUCGCUUAGUCGGUUCGUCGGGGGCGACGGCAUGGGAGGAGACCCUGCGCCCGCCGGUGCCGCGGGCACCCCAGUCACGCUGCCACAUCGCCGUUUUGAAUACAAAUACAGCUUCAAGGGGCCGCACCUGGUGCAGAGCGACGGGACCGUGCCUUUCUGGGCCCACGCGGGGAAUGCUAUUCCAAGUUCAGACCAAAUUCGAAUAGCACCAUCUUUAAAAAGCCAAAGAGGGUCAGUGUGGACAAAGACAAAAGCAGCCUUUGAGAACUGGGAAAUUGAAGUGACAUUUCGAGUGACUGGAAGAGGUCGAAUUGGAGCUGAUGGCCUGGCAAUUUGGUAUACAGAAAACCAAGGUUUGGAUGGUCCCGUAUUUGGAUCAGCUGAUAUGUGGAAUGGUGUUGGAAUAUUCUUUGAUUCUUUUGACAACGAUGGAAAGAAAAAUAAUCCUGCUAUAGUAAUUAUAGGCAACAAUGGACAAAUUAAUUAUGACCAUCAAAAUGAUGGUGCUAACCAAGCUUUGGCGAGUUGCCAGAGGGACUUUCGUAAUAAACCCUAUCCUGUCCGGGCAAAGGUCACAUAUUACCAGAAAACACUGACGGUGAUGAUCAAUAACGGCUUCACACCGGAUAGAAACGACUACGAAUUUUGUGCCAAAGUGGAAAACAUGAUUGUCCCUGCACAAGGGCACUUCGGAGUAUCUGCUGCAACCGGAGGCCUCGCAGAUGACCAUGAUGUCCUUUCUUUUCUGACUUUCCAGCUGACUGAGCCUGGGAAAGAGCCACCUACACCAGACAAAGAAAUUUCAGAAAAAGAAAAAGAAAAAUAUCAGGAGGAAUUUGAGCACUUUCAACAAGAAUUGGAUAAAAAAAAAGAGGAAUUUCAGAAGGGCCACCCUGACCUUCAAGGGCAACCCGCGGAGGAAAUAUUUGAGAGUGUAGGAGAUCGUGAACUAAGACAAAUCUUUGAAGGGCAGAAUCGUAUUCAUCUUGAAAUCAAGCAGCUGAACCGCCAGUUAGACAUGAUUCUUGAUGAACAGAGAAAAUAUGUGUCUUCCUUGACGGAGGAGAUCUCCAAAAGAGGAGCCGGGAUCCCAGGGCAGCACGGACAGGUCUCCCAACAAGAGCUGGACACUGUUGUGAACACUCAGCAUGAGAUUCUGAGACAAGUAAACGAAAUGAAGAAUUCCAUGAGUGAAACUGUCAGGCUGGUGAGUGGCAUCCAGCAUCCUGGAUCUGCGGGGGGCGUCUAUGAGACCACCCAGCACUUCAACGACAUCAAGGAGCACCUGCACCUGGUGAAGCGGGACGUGGAGAGCCUCGUACAGCGGAGCGCACCGGCAAAUGAAAGACCAAGGUGCCCAGAACUGCCGCCAUUUCCAUCCUGCUUGUCCACGGUUCACUUCGUCAUAUUCGUGGUAGUGCAGACGGUGCUGUUCAUCGGUUACAUCAUGUACAGAACUCAGCAAGAAGCAGCUGCCAAAAAGUUCUUUUGACCACCGUUUUCAUGUGUGCGUCAUGUAUGUAUGUACAAAAUGUUGUCUUUUUGAGGGACUGUAAGUAUUUAAAUUGAUUCAUAGGCUAAAUUAUUCAGUUUUGUAUAAAAUAACUUUGAACAUUGAUUUGCAGUAAGAAGAGACCUUAAAGACAACUACAUGUAAAUUUGUGCAUAGUACUACCUAAACUCUAUUUAAAUUUCAGUGGAUUUCUGGCCAGUAGAAUACAGCCACUGAUCUUCAAUAUUCUUACUGCUAAAUAAUAGGGUAAAUAAUAGAAAAUGGGGAAAACCCCAAAUAUGAAAGUUACCCCUAAGUUUUGGAUGUUGGAGGUUUCUUUAUUUCAUAAAACACACUGGCCCUCCUGCCCCCAAAAUGGGAGGUCAGACUAAGAGCUCCUCAUCGUGAUUAGUUGGUAGCCCAGCCUUUUUUAAGAGGUCGGAAUUUCACAUUCAAAGACCCAGCCCCACAACCCCGCAGUCUAGUACUGUUCCCUUUGAAAUCAAAGGCUGUGUUGUCUGAGAGCUUUAGGAUCUGGAUAAUGGGCUUCAGAAUGUUUAUUGAAGUAUUUUUCCCUCUGAUUAUCAAUGAAGUUUUGGGAGAAAAUUAAGAAUUGUUCUUUGCCAAAAGAAAAAAAAAAUUGUUGAACACCUUCCUCUGACAGUAUUUGUGGGUAUUUUGCCUGAUAAUGUGUCCAUUUCAUGAUCGCUCAAGCUUGAAUGUCUUAUUCCAACAUGUCGGUUCAACAUUAUGAAAGUCACGUUUGCAUCUGUGUUUGUAAUUGAAGGAACUCCUACCCUGUUGUGCCGCUUCUAAGGUCAGCUCAGAUCGCGUGUUCAGAGGGUGUCGUGGUUCACAAAGCCGCCACUGCGUUCUGGUUUCCAUGACUCGGUGUCCGCAACUCUGCAGGCUCCUGUACACCGAGGAGGCUGGCCUAGGAGCAGGGUUAAGAUUUCUGAAGGCAAAAUUUGGAAAAUGGAGUUAAUACUUCUGCUUUUUUUUUUUUUUUACUGCCAGAACUGAGGAUACUGUACAAGACUUGUCAAAAAACUUAACCUGGAAAUGUCAGACUGGAAGGGGUUGAUAAAGUCUUUGUACAGAGUUCCAGGUACUAUAGAAACAGCCUGUCGAUGACAUUUGCAAAUGCACUUCAUUUUGUUUUCACAGCUGAUGGACUUACUUUCGCCGCCUCCAAACACUCAUCUCUUUCAGCUAAAGUGGUUAUCUUCCUUUGUCAUAGAAUCUAAAAUAAUACUGUUUUGUGAAAUAGUCCUACUUAGUUCUUCCAAGUCAUCAUAAAUCGAUUCUAAGAUGUCAUGUACAGAUUGGGCUCACUGCCCAGAGUCUGCCCAAAGACGCGGAAGAAUGCUCCCGAACAGCAACACCCAACUUGGCCCAUGUGUGCGAGCAGCCCUGACGUUGCUUCUUGUAUGAGCACUUGUCGUGGGAGCUGAACAAGGGCCUCUGACCGUCACUGAGUCUCCUUCGGUCCCUUCAGCAUUGUGCCUCGCCAGUGUUUUUCCUUGUAGCGUUACCAUUUCCAAAUCCAUGUUUCGGAGACAUCAUCGUCACAGAACUUACUCCUCCUGAAAAAAAAAUUAAUGUCUUCAGAAGAGCGUUUCAGUUGCAGACUGCGAACGUGGGAAACCCUUGAGAUGAAAGCCUUCAAAGCGUUCAGUGUGAAAAAGUCCGUGGCCACGUGAGCCCGACGUGUCGGAGGACCCGGGUCCACACAGUAUGUUUCCCAGGCUGAGGCCGCAGAGGCGUGGAUCUGACCACGCCCGCCGGGAGCGCAGCGGCUGCUGUGCAAGGCCGUGCGCGAGAGUGUGCCCUGCCUGCUCACUUCCUCUGCGAGAGGUCGCUCAGCAAAGUGGUUCACGCAGAUGUUCACUGUGUUAUUUGAAAUUUGUUUUACUUUCCUCAAAACAGUCGACUUCCGUUCAUUUCUGAAGAAAAAUGUUUGCUCUCUGGAAAAAUCAGUCACUGCCAGAUUCUUUCAUUUCUGUACUGUUUUGUAAAAUUGAAUUUGUUAACUUCUUCCACACCAGCAAGUAUUUUACAGGUGCCUUAGAUUAAAACAAAAAUUAUUUAAAAUUUUAGUGUAAGUCAUACUUACGAUGCCACUUUUAAACAAAUGCUAUUACAUAAUGCCCAAUACCCUUAUUUAAUGUACUUACUGUAUUGUGUUCCAAUUGUUUGGAUGUUUUGCUCGGCUCGCAAUUUUACUAUGAAGCUGCAAACAAGAAAUAGUCUUUUUUUCUGUAUUAAAGGAAUAUCGGUGUUUCUCACAGUGUGGUCCGUCCGGGUCAUGGAGUGCUGGUUAACAAUAGAUGCCAGGGUUCCAUUCCUGACUGCCUGAACCAAAACUCAGGGGUCGGCUUCAGAAUCGGGUCCAGCAGGCCCCUCGGGUGACCCUGAGCACACUGGUGUGUGAGGACCACCGAGAAGGGCCGUGGGCACAGGAAGCGCCCUCAGACUGGCUUGCAGCGGAGCUGAGAGCAGAACACUUUCACUGACCGCCCCGAAGGUAGCACCUGUGCACUGACUCUUUCGCGCUUGCAGUUUGCUCAGUGUUCUUUUUACUGGAACCGUUGGUUUCGCUGCGGCUGCAGACCAAACCCAGGUCGUCACCUGCAGCUCCUUGACUUUGGUUGAUGGCUUUUAAACUGACAAAAUUAUUUUCAGAUCACGUUCAAGCCGUGAGAAACUCCCAUCUUCACGUCUGCCUGCUAAAGCUUCUCGCUCUCCUGAUUGAAUUUUUGUGACAUCUUAUCUCAGACAAUUGUACAUUUUGAUAACUUGGGGAAAACAAAAAUUACUUGAAUAAGGGAUUGCCAGAUCUGCAUUGCAGAGACUCGGGGUCUUUGUUGAGAACCUGAUUAACGGUUGUGAACACUCAGAUGUGAUUAUCUUUUCCUGCCCGUGUGCUCCUCGCGGGGAGGCGGUGAACAGAUGAUUAUAUUGGGAUCUUUUUACACACAUACACGAUCUAAUGUGAAAUCGCCACUUGCAACUUUUUAGAUCUGUGUGUUGCCUUUUUAAUAUAUUUUAAAGUUUUAAAGAGUUUUCUAUCCACCGUUAAUUUCAGUUGGGCAACAUUUUGUCAAGUGUUUUUUUCAGAUUGUUUUUUGAUGCUAGCUGGAAUUCCAGAAAUGACCUUGACCUUAUUCAAAUAAAGAAAUAUUUUAGUAAA